AUGAGCGGUGCGGACCGAGCCGACAGCGCCGCGUAUCCGAACGAAGAAGGAGCCUGCGCCGAUCAGGCCGCGUCCAGCUACAGCAACCGCAGUGACACGCCACAGCAAGCCCCGGACCACGCACAAGACUACGAGUACGGCCACGACGGGCUCGGCGACGGCGACGGCGACGACGACGACGACGACCAAGGAGAAGAAGACUCCGACGAGGACGACGACCAACGACUUUCGAUCGACGCGAUGACGACCACUUCGUCCCAUUCGUCGCGCCUGUCGCAGUCCAACCCCUUGCUGCGCUCGCAACAGAGUCAAGGCGGUAUGGCAGCGUCCACGUCCACGUCCACGUCCACGUCGACCUGGUCUGGCUUCUUCGCACAUAGCAACAACCAGGCCGCGCUGUCCAUCAUCGCCGUGUGCUGCUCCUCGCUGUCCAUGACGGUCGCCAACAAGGUCAGUGUUCGAUUGGACUGGGAACGCGCUGGUCAGGAGAUGAGGGCGAAGGGGGAUUCAAUUGGCUACGUGACCACACCGCCGUCGUUGUCGUCGUCACCAUCAUCACCACCCGUCCUGCUCCGGCGCGCCGAGUGGGCGACGAGUCGGAUACGAUCAAGUGGUCGUCUUGACGCAAGAUCUUCUUCGGUGAGGUACCACAGACCCUAACAAAUGAUGUAUUGUCUCCCAACGCCGCAGUAUAUCGUGUCGGGCAGGGAUUUUUCAAUGAACUUUCUCAUGCUCGCGGUGCAGAGUUGCGUCAGUGCCGCAGCCGUUCACGGGGCAAAGUCGUCGGGAGUGAGUGCUUUCCCUUCCGACCGACGUCUACGUUGCGGGUACUCAACACACCCCCGAACCGGGUUCAUCGUGCUUGGCUACAGAUCAUCGCCUAUCCCGACUUUCACUGGGAUAGCGCUCGGAAUUGGGCGCCCGUGUCGCUGGGUCUAGUCGCAUUGAUGUACUCUGGCUCGAAGGCCCUGGUCAGUCGGGGAGACUUCGACUCCGAGAAGGCGUCGGUCGAGUUGGCUGACAUCGUAAUCUAAACUCGCAGCAAUAUUUGUCGAUACCUGUCUACGUGAUCUUCAAAAAUCUUACCAUCAUUCUCAUCGUACGUCGGGUCCCAGACACCCCCGGUGCGAUGGCCUCGCUGAUGGUUGUCAAACUCGAACCAUUUGUUGCGCAGGCGUACGGCGAGAAAAUCUGGUUCGGCGGCGCCGUCACCCCACUCGAGCUACUGUCAUUCGUUUUCAUGGUCCGUAAAUCCCAGAGGGUCUCGGCGAGAUUGUCUUCGAUCUUGGGCUAACAACAUACGGCAUCCUAGAUUCUCUCCUCGGUGAUUGCUGCCGGCCCCAAUAUUGUGGCCGCGUUCUCCCCCUCGGCCGAUGAACUGCCGUCAGCAAAAGGCACCGACACAGGCAUCGGAUACCUCUGGAUUGCCAUCAACUGCCUCGUCAGCGCAGCAUAUGUCAGUCCCUACCCGGCCCAAGGUGUCCCCGCACGGUCAGCUCUGCUUACGACCUCAGUUAUCUCAACAGAUCUUGGGCAUGCGCAAGAAAAUCAAGGCGAUGGCCUUUACCGACUGGCAGACCAGCUUUUACAACAACGCAAUAAGUACUCCUGUACUCUUGCUCGCCAGCAUCAUGUUUGAGGGUUGGUCCCCAUCGAACUUUACCCUCAAUUUGUGAGUUGAGUCAUUGCGGGCCGACUUCACUAGAUGAGUGCUUUUGAGCUGACCCAACAAUUUCCCCAGCCCCUCCGACGCACGGUCUCAUCUCAUCUUCGCCAUGUUGCUCUCCGGAUUUGUGGCUGUAUUCAUCAGCUUUUGCAGGUGCGUGUACCGCCCCUGGGCUGAUGCACCGCGAGACGUAUGGCGGGAUCCAGAACUACAACGCUGAGCCGCCUAGUCGUGCCCUCAUUCAGUGCUUGGUGUAUUCGUGUGACGUCGUCGACAACGUAUAGGUAUGCUCUUUGCUAUCCCCCCUUCAUGUGUCGUAAUGAGGUUCAAAGCUGACCUAUGGGUUUCGCCGUCUGUAGCAUGAUCGGCGCCCUCAACAAGCUUCCUGUCGCGAUCAGCGGCAUGGUAUUCUUCCAUGACCCUGUCACGCUACGAUCCGUCAGUGCGGUCACGAUAGGUUUCGCGGCCGGGCUGUUGUACACGCAUGCCAAGCAAGUGGCCAACGAAGCCAAAAAGAGAACGCUUGCAGGUCAGUCCGUCCACGAUCUCCGGGGCUUGCACGCUUUUCUUCGGACGCUCGUCUAGGGUAUACGGGCGUACGAAGCAGCUGAAACUGGACUCACGCUGUCUAUGUGCAUUUUAGGAUACGCUCCGAUCAAGUUGACCUCUUCAGGAGUCACCCACGACGAAUCGGUUCAACGGGUCGGAACCCAUAGCAAGGGGGCAUCGGCGGGAAGGACGGGGGAUGCUAGUCUUAGCUUGAUUGAACUCCCUGCGAGGAGGGAGAGCGCGUUGACGAAAAGCCCAACAUCGCGUCCACAAAGCUGA